AUGUUGCCUGCUGCUGCUGCUACCAUUGGCCCUCGCAGCAAGACAGAGGAAGUACACAUCUGGGUAUCACAAGUAUAUCUCUGGGAGACCACAAAUGCAAGAGGAGAGGGGGACGGGAGAGGGAAAGAACAAGGGCGGGGGGAGGAGAACGGGGACAUGAUGCUAAGUCCACUAAGUGGGACUGUGUUUUUCUGGCUGCAGCCGGCUGCAUUCACGCCUGAAUUCCCUCCCUCCCCUGCUGAAUUCACUCAAAUCAGCUCCCUGCACGGGCUGGACACACUGUCCAAGCUCACUUACAGCCCAUUCCCCCUCGCCAAAACGCUGUCCAACUGCCCGUUUUUGCAGCCAUGCCCUCAGUAA